GUUUGCUCUCCUGAGACCAGUGUUCCAGCGUUACAUGUUACUCUUCUUGGUGGUGAGUGGAGUUCAUCUGCUGGUGGCUUGUCAACCAUAAACAGAGAGCUUGCUAUUCACCUUUCAAAUCAUUCAGCAGUGAAGGUUUCUUUGUUAGUCCCCGAGGGAGCUUGCAAUCAUGAAGAAAAAAAUGAAGCCCUUACCUAUGGAAUCACUAUCGUUGAGGCGAAGAGACGUGCCGCAUUUGAUCGUCUUCUUUGGUUAAGCUCACCACCCAAGGAUCAUGUCAUGGACAUCGUUGUUGGUCAUGGUGUAAAACUUGGUCGGCAAGUACAAUUCAUUAUAGACUCUGCUAAAUUUCCAAAUUGUAACUGGAUACAAGUGGUGCACACUGCUCCAGAGGACCUUAGCAGAUACAAAUGCUACAGUGACCCCAUUUCAAAAGGUGAAACAAAACACGAAUCAGAAGUUGAACUUUGCAAACUUGCUGAUCUUGUUGUGCCUGUGGGACCUAAACUGAAAGAAGCAUACACUUCAUAUUUGCAGCGAUGUAAGACAGAUCAUGACGUUUUGUCUAUUACUCCAGGUCUUUUUCAAAGGGAGUUUGAGGAUUUAGUUGCAAAACAAGAUCCUAACGAGGAUGGUGAAUUCAAGGUGUUGUUAUUUGGUCGUGGGGAUGAUGAGGACUUUGAACUCAAAGGAUACAACAUUGCUGCUCAAGCAUUUACUGAUCAGCGGUUAAAAAACAAACCCUAUCAUCUAAUCUUUGUCGGAGCACCUGAAGGAAAACAAGAGGAAGUCAGAGAAAAACUUCUUCAUCAUGGUAUUGCAGAAGCACAGUUGACUGUUAGAAAAUUUAUACAAAGUAGAGAGAGAAUGAAAGAUCUGUUGUGUGAAGCUGACCUUGCCAUUAUGCCAUCAAAAUCAGAGGGAUUUGGUCUUGUUGCCCUCGAGUCCCUAUCUGCAGGCCUACCCAUUCUUGUUGGUAGUAAGUCGGGUUUCGCCAAAGCAUUAGAGAAUGUUCUUCAUGGUUAUUCAUGCAUUGUAAAUUCAGAUGAUCCUACAAAAUGGGCAGAAGCAAUUGAAGCUGUUCGUGUCUGGCAUCGAAUGCGCCUUGAAGAGAUUAAAGCACUUAAAGCAUCUUAUGGAGAGAUGUACAGUUGGGAGGAACAAUGCGAAGCUCUCGUGGAGAGAAUGUGGAAAAUGGUCCAUGGUAAGAGGUUUCGCUGUAAAGGAGUAAAUGACAAAGCAAAAUGAUGAAUAUGAGUAAUACAGUCGACUCCCGAUAACUCGAACCCUCGCUAACUCGAACCUCACGCUAACUUGAACCAAAAUCGAUUUCGCCUGGAUUUCCGUCUUACAUUCACUGUAAUUUUACCCUCGGUAACUCGAACGCUCGAUAACUCGAACUCCCGCUAACUCGAACCGAUUUUCGUUUACCGUCAUUUCAUUUUCUAUAUAAUUUUAUCCUCGAAAACUCGAACCAUGUUUUGAGCCCUUAAAAAAGUCGGGAAAAAUGCCGUUUACUGGCGUCCGAAACAUUGAAUUUUGGAUUUCCUAUUGACGUGUUGUAGGAGUAUAGUUUACCAGUGGAGGCUAAUGUUGAUUGUCACAGGCUAACGUGAAGCAGCUUUUCUUCUCAAAACAGUAAAACGCAUGCUCUAUUUAGGCUAUGUUUUGUUACGUUAAGUUGUGAUUUAUAAUCUAAAACUAUCUUUUCAUUUUCACUUGACAUUUCUACAAUGAAAUGUGAUUAAAAUGUUCACUGUGCAGUAAAAACUCUUUUUUACCUUACUCUCGGCUAUUUUCUUCGAACUCCCGAUUACCCGAAACUCUUUGCGAUUUCCCUGGAAGGUUCGAGUCAUCGGGAGUCGACUGUAGUUACAAAAUGCUAUUGACUGUUCCGAGGAAAAAGCCCACAAGGCAUGAGAAAAGUACUGUACACAUGCAGUUUUGACUUUUGCCUACAUGUUGAGAACAUAAUUGUAAUUGUAAUUGGGGCACUGCACAAUCAGCUUUCCUGAAAUAUUUUAGAUGUUUAUGGUAUUCUUGGCUCGAUUGGCAGCGAUUACUUACCUAUUGAUUUUGUUUUUUUCCGGUAAUUUCCCAUUCUAGUAGUGUUGAUGUAAAGAAGUUAACUGUGACUGCAGUCUUUGACUGUUAUAAAAAAUUACACACCCUUUUGAAGUAAAUAAUUCAUUCAUAGUAGGCAUUAACAGUAGUAUUACAGCAUGGACCGAGUGGAAAUUAAUGUCUUUGACCAUUUGAGGUACUGUGUGUAAAUUAAAAUAAGUGAUAAAUGUGAAUGUCCUAUCAUGAAAAAUAUAGAUAGCUGAAGCAGUACAAAGUAGGCAGUCCACUGGAUAGGGCAAUGAUAUGCGAUCCUAAAGCACUUUCCAUUACAGCACACCAAGUAGAUAUUUUGUAUUUAAUAGUUUUCUAUAAAAACAACUCUACACGCUAUUAACUUUCUCUUCAGCGCCAAGGGACCUUCGUUGUUUUCCCCUCACAAUGAAACUAUUUAAGCAAUAGACCACACUUUCUAUGGGUUUACCGGCGUGAUAACCCACGCGGGAUGUUGGGAGAACACGAGAAAAGCUUGUAAAUCACGAGCCGAAGGCGAGUGAUUUACAAGCUUUUCGAGUGUUCUCCCAACAUCCCAAGUGGGUUAUCACGCCGGUAAACCCAUAGAAAGUGUGGUCUAUUGCUUUUAUAAAAUACCUUUUAGUAGAAUGGAGUCUUUUAGGUAAAAAAUAUGGUUUUAGUACCGUGAUCAAGUCAUUACUUCUCUCUAAAGUCAUCAUAAGCCAAUCAUGACUCACGAUUUAAUAGCGCUGAACUUUCUCAAAACUCAGUUCAGUCAAACAACAAACAGCAGCACUUCAAAACACGAGUUUUUGCACUCAUUACAUGAUAACUUAUGAAAGCUGUUUUACAGGAAAAGUCAACAUUUAUUCAUGCGAACGUACAAUGAAAGAAUACGUUCAUGGUUUGUUUACUACAGAAGUAGAAAUUAACUGAACAUCAGACUCUACGCAGCUGUAUUUUGUUGAGUCGAUCCGUAAGAAUUUCGUGCUUACAGACGGAACUGGCAGCUAUUGUAAUGGAGGACUUCAUUCACAUUUUACAAGCCGCAGUGGUUUAAGAUCUGUUUUCUGGACUUUAUUAUGAUUAAGAAAUGCUGCGGUAACGACGUGGCUGCAUUUGCGAAGUUGUUUCAUGUAACUUUAUAUGCACGUACUGCGACCGAUGGAAAUAUGUCAGUGGUGGAGAAAGGUUUCUUUGCCGUAGCCACAUAUUGGCGUUCAUAUUUGUCGAUUUGUAAAGUCAGGUGGUUUGAGGUAGGUUAUGGCAUCGAUAAUCGCCGAAUAAUUUGUGCAAAUGUUGUAAAAAAACCAGCCCGAAACUCUGACAUCUUUCAUCAUCGUUGGCAGCUUGUUUACAACCUACAGCGGCCGAUUUUGUACUAUAUCUUGAUCAGAGAUCUCUUUUUGGAACAAUUUCUUUCAUUAUGGAAUUUAAUUUUGACAUAAAAUAAAUCAAGAAUGCUAAAACUAUUCGUUUUGUUGCUGGUUGGCACAUGGUUAAGUUUUCCUGGAGACUUUCAACACCAGAAAUUCACACAGUUGUUGUCUUUCUCUGCCCUUGGCAUCGUCGUGAAAUGUAAACUGCUUUCCAGCUUUGUACUUUAUUACUUCUAAAGCUAUGGCAGUAAUAAAAUGUGGAAACCAACGCUUUUGAUAUUAAGAAGGGCUGGGUAAGUAACUUGUUCUGUUUUUUAGCCUUUCUAAAUCAUUUUUUGCAGAUCAAUAGACGGUUUUGUUUAUGGCUCGUGGUCCGGAUGCCUUUUUCUAUGGGUUUACCGGUAUAAUAAACCAUAGGUUUUUGACCAAUCAGAUCACGCGUACUAUCUCAGUUAUUUUAUAAAACAUUAUAACCAACCAACAGGGUCUGAAAAUGGCAACAAGCCAAGAAAUGAAGAAACUUUCCGUGCCGAGAAGAGAGCUCAUUUUGCAGCAGGAAGUCAACCUAAAAGUAGCUGUAAGCUUAUUCCAGGUAUGGAAAAACAUUAUCCGCUUCCUCUUGCUUUUGGCUUCUGGUGUGAGCGAAGGUUGGGGUGAGAGGUCCCUUUUUGGUCACUGAGGAGUGUCUACCGUAUAAUUUGUAGUAGUGAAAAAACCAUACUGCCCACUCACUGAACGUAACUGAACAGACUGUAUUUAUGUGUCACAUCUUCUAAGUUGACUACACGUAGCUUACUAACCGACGCACCGUAAUGUUAUUUCAAUCAGUUCAGCAUUUUAUUUAGUGUGGCAAGAAAAUACACAAAAAGAGAACUUAUUAGGAUUCUGCCUACAUGUUGACAUUUCUCAAUAGGUUUAUCUUUACCUCCAGACAUUGGUACCAUGAAGGCAUCGUUAUCCAGACCUGAGUAAAGAGUACAGCAGGACAUAAUAAUUCGUUAAAUUUUAACAAGACAAAUGCAAUUUUGCACUAAAUAUUGCACGCUUUCAACUGCCGACGGAAUGCUGCUCUGAUUAAACAUAUACAGGAUACGUACAACUUGGACUUGAAAUCUGUGGGCAUCGGAUCUCUUGAAACUGAAUUUCAGUAUCCCUCCCUCAAGAGGAUAGAGGACUAUCGAUCUGGUCACCCUAAUGACAUUGCUGAGAGAUACCAUGUGUCUCAGACGAGAACAAAAGUGUGCAAGUCUUUAACAGAACUGCUACCCUUUAUACCACUCAGAUUUAACAAUUUGCUAGUGAAUGACUCAAAUCUGGGAACCCGGUUAAUACACACACUAAGUAGACUAAAAUAAGUUUUGUCAACAUUUUUAUUUAGUUUCUUAUUAAAUAAAAGGCUUAUCGUUUCUCGGCGACUUACUUUUUGUUUUCAGAUAUAAUUACCAAGCAUUGUUUUCAAGAACUGAAUGAUGAACAGAGUAAAAUAGUCCGUGAAACUCUAGAACGACAAAUUCAAGUGUACAUCCGAUUUCGUAACAUUUCAACCGCCGAGGGGGUGUCUGGCCUGAUAGAACAUAUACAGGAGACGUACAACCUGGCGUUGAAAUCUGUGGGCGUAGGAUCUCUAGAAAUAACAUUUCAGUGCCCCUCCCUGGAGAGUCUUGAACGUUUGUGGAGUGAUUAUCAGUCUGGUCACCUUAAUGACGUUGCUGAGAGAUACCUUGUGACAGAUGACAUAAAGAAGAAACUGGACUUGAAGAAUGUCAGGUUGAAGACAACGAUUGAAGAUGAAAACUACCGGAUUUGCAAGAAUAUUUUAAUGGAAAAAUCAUGUGAGUUUGGAAGCUCCGUGUAAGCUAUUGACUGUCUGCAGUUUAGGCUCAAACAAUUGAAAGCUGAAAUCAAAUCCAAAAAAAGUGAUUAAUACCUUUUGCUUACGUUCGGCCAACAUUGACUGGUUAUCUUUUCUGCUGCAAACCUAUUACGUUGCUCCUUGUUUCUUACGACAUUGUUACAUUUUCACUGCAGCAAUCGUGGUGCAUUAUGUAACGAUGGUCAGCUUAUCGAGCGCAUAUAGUUACUUUCCUAAAAACGUUUUCGCAAACAGACACAUAAAUAAUAGCGCAUUAAACAAUUAAUCGACAUACGAUAAGCUUUCAUAACAGAAGUGAAAUAGAUAUAUUGUGGUCAUUAAAUGAACAGUAUUUAAAGGUGUCUCUAAGUUGAAGUUUCACUGUUUACCAGCAGUGCAGUAAUUUAUCAGCCUGUGUACAGCCCCCGUCUCCUCGGGAAAAAAUCGGAGCUUUCCUGAUUUUUUCUUGAGAGGAGAGGAUGGCUGUACACAGGCUAUAAAUUUAUUUACUGUGAUGAUUUUCGGGGAAGACAGUACAUUCACGACAGAUAAACUUAAUGCAUAUUUGUUAUUUCAUUCUCUGUUAGCAGUCAGCAGUGACUUUUCUCCUUCAACUCAAUCAGAUCAAGAAGCAGCUUUACUAGCUGCUGACACAAGCUCAGAUGUUUCUGAGGUAGGCCGCUUUGAAAUCGAGGGGGCAAGCUCAGUCGUUUCUUAAGCAACAGUUACAUAGGUGCUGAUGAAGAGAUUUUGGUUGGUCCUUUAUUUAAGUGUAUUGUGCGGGGUCGCACUCUGCAUUUUAAUGACUGUCUUGUCAAUUCUGAAGAAACAAUAACUUUUAAUUAGUUGGAAUUCAGUGUGCGCUGAUAUAAUGACAAGAUUAAGUUUAGAGGCGAGUAGUCUUCUUAAAAACCGAUUUUUAUGUCACUCUUAUGUGUAAGGUGUGUGAAUACACUAAGAAAUGUUAUGGCAGUCACAAGUGAAUGUUUCUUUUGCAAAUACAAGUGCUUCGCCAUAGAGAACUUUCAGUUAAUGGUCACUGUGUUAUUCGUUCUAGAAUAAGAAGCUGGUCCUGACCCAUAUGGAGAGAGCUGAGAGGGCAAAAGUAAGUUUGCUGAGUUAUUAGGUUGUGUUACUUCUAGCCAAACUUUUUCCGGAAAUAGACAAUCCAGAUGGUUGGAUUGUCGUGGUAGGUAAAACAAGAUUGAUCCAUACGGUAGUACGCUGCUGCACUGAUCUCUUUCGCAAUUUCCUAGCAUCGCUUUUAAAUUUUUCCGCUAGUUGAAGCGUUUUCUCGUAGAGCAAUGGAAGGGAAAGUACCCCUUUGACUAGUAGCGGUUUAUACUGCGGCUCGUCAACUUGAGAUUAUCUGGAAUUUAAACCAAAAGAACUCAGAUAACAACUACGAAACCUCAAAUGCUGAGAGAUGAACAUUUUACGGUGAGAAACGCCAAGCGUUUUCGUUUGCGGAUCAUGAGUUACAGUACCAUAUUAAGAGUUUGAUAUACUAUAGCCUUCAGGUGGCCUUUAACUGAUAUAUGACAACGGAGAAGUAUGAUUAAGAACGCUCUUAGUAGCGUGAGUCUCGCUUGCUUGGAGAUAAAUUUUGUUGUCAAAGGCGCCGUUACUGUUAUACUACUUUUUCGUUUGGAAUUCAAAACGAGUGUUAUAUGUCAUAAUGAAAAUACUCAAAAAUUGCUAGGAGAGACAGGCCGCACAGCUUCACUCCGGUGUGAAACCUUUGAAAACCUUCUACAUAUUUAUAUUGCUCCAGUGAGGAGAACUCUUUCAGGGAUUUUACACUAAAAAAUUGAACUAUGAUUUUUAUCAGUAUCAGAAGCCCGUGACUCUGUCAGUAUAAAUAUAUAUAGCCUCUUUGCAGCGGACCAAGAUACGGCUCGGUACAUUAUAUGUUUGUGUAAGUUUAGCGGAAUCUUAUACAACAGACAGUUAAUUCAGUUCGCGCGUAUUCCUGCGGAAUUUGUUGUCCGUUUUAGAAGAUAUCAAAAGAGACUCAUUUCCAUACAAUGAAAGUCGUCACGAUUCUUAUCCCCAGUUUCCGCGUUCUCCGCUAGGAACGCCUGGCCUACAAUUUAAGUCCGCACACACACACACACAAAAAAACGCCUGCAUGUUUAGAGUCUCGCUCUGCUAAAGCAAGCUCGACUAACAACGUUUGCCUGUUUAUCGAUCCCCUGAUGAACGAGUACAUUCUUGAGAUCGAGAGCCAGUGUCGUUGAAUGAAACAAAAAUCUGAAAAGAGAUUGAGAUACCAAUCUGAACGAUCCUAGUGCAAAGGUGGAUCGUUCACAAUGCAGUUGAAAUGGAAGGUUUUUUUUUUUUCGCAAUAUCCAGAUUUAAAUUGGUGAAAAGGAGCAGCGAAACGUAAGUGCACUGUGCUCUCGUUGUUAAUUUACAGUGGUUACCACUAAUACGCGCCCUCGAAGGGUUUUUUCUCUCUGUUGAAACCUGAGCUUUCGUGGACGUCAGUGAGCUAUUUCCAUGGUUUUCUUACGCUGACAUGUUCUUCCAAGUGCUCGAGAAAUGGGGAAAGAAUCUUCCCUAGGCCAACGUGUGAAAAAAUAUGGUAACGGUUGACUGACGUCCACCAAAACGCAGGUUUGAACCGAAGAAAAAAGCCUUUGAGGGCGCGUUAGUGGUAACUAACUUUUAGUGGUAACCACUGUAAGCAAAGCAAAUUAAAUUUUAAAAACGUCUCUUGGUGGAAGGAUUGAAAAUGGCAUAUUUUUGACGACUUAAACAUAAAUCAAACAAAGUGGAGUGCAGUACUGAAUCAUUUUCUCUAGCAUUGAUUAAGAUACAGACAGUAACAUUUCGAAAAAUUAUAAGUACGGAGAUACAUUUACGGCGGGAUAGUUAGACCCAAAAGAGAGGGUGAUCUAAUUAUAACAUAGUAGAUAACCCAGGGGUAUUUGGGCUGAUUGAUUUGGCUUUUAUCAACAGGAUUUUCAAGAGUGGGUGUCCUCUCUUGGGAUUAUGUUUUUUUUUUCAUUUUAUUCACUCUGAUAAAAUUUAUUUUUUGAAAUAGGCAUCUAGAGGCCCUCUACAUAAGGCUGCAAUCAGUGGACAGUGCGAGAAGGUCAAAAUGCUUCUUGAAAGUGGCCAAGAUGUGGAUAAAAAAGAUCAGGUUUUAGUCUUCCCCGGUCUAUGUAAAUCUAAUGUUUGUGGGUUCUUACAUUCUUUUCUUGCUUUAGUAGAUAAUCACGCGCAUGCACUUGUGUUUGAAUAAGAAGCAAGAGCCUGCACGAAACCUUUGAGUACUGUACGCUUUGCGUUCAUGAAGAAACACAGCAUUCUGAUUGACUGGUAGUGAAACAGGACGGGAAAAUCACAAAUUCUGUUUUAGCGCAUUUUCUACAAAAAGAAUUGUAACGGCUUUAUCUUUUAUAAUCCAGUACUUGCUGAUAGUUUCUGCACAUUCUCGGAUUAGCUUUCAUUUUCUUUCAUAUUAAUAAUAGGCACGAAGAAGUUUGCUGGAAGAAUUGAGGCAAUUUUCUUCAAAAGUACUUCAUUAGGCAAGAGUAAAGCCUUUACCCCUAAGAUGCAGUAUUUAAGGCCAUGUUCUUUACCCGAGUGACUUGCUAUUAAUGUCUGAUGGCGUUUCCUGUUAAAUUCAUGGGUAAAGAGCUAAAUAUAAACUGAGUUCUUGAUGUUGGGAAUGGUUUCACACUCAAAUAGUGCAGAAGUCAACGUACAUGUAAGAGUCAAGAAAAAUUCCGAAAUUCGCUUUGACGCAGGUUAUAACAAAUGUCAACUUCUGUCACCAACAGACUAUUGGGUACUUUGCUCACCCAGACGAUCAUAUCCAAACUUCUUUAAUAUACGAGUUUGUAACGAUGGAUAGUUAUGGAGACUUUAAACUUGGGGAAAUGACCCGCCGUGAAAUAAUUAAAGUUUAGGCGAGACAGAAAAUGAAAAUGAUUUUUUCAUUUGUCUGGUUUUGUUUGCUCGUUUUCUCGUUUUACCAGCCUGAAAAUGUUACAACUUUGUUUUCGCAGUAUAAAAUAAGCAGUGUUGGAAUGUAACAGGCAGCCUUCUUCCAUCAAUUUCUUAUGGACAAGGACCCGUAAACUUUACGUUUGGACUCAGUUUUAGUGUUACACUUGGGCUCCUCCUUGUAAACGGAAGAAGAUAAAUUAGUCCAGUAACAGCCUUUAGUUUUACUUUAUGAAAGACCAUCAUUAUUGCUGGACAAGCUGGCUUCCUUCCCUUUUUUUAUAAUUGCUUUUUUCUCCCUAUUUCUGUAGUUUUCUUUGACUCCUCUUCAUCUUGCCUGUUGGUAUGGACAGAAAUUUGUUGUCGAACUGUUGUUAGAACACGGUGCAAACGUCAACGCUAAGGACAGGGUUAGUGAAUUCUUUACAUUGAACAAUGAUAUGAGCAUAAGUAACAGCGACGUCAACGAGAACGGCACAAAAGCAAUAAGUUUAUUAGGCAAAACGCCAACUUUGAGCGUGCAUCACGCUUUUUUGAAUUUUUCUCUGCCGUCCAUUGUUCACGACCACGACGUGAAACUUAAUAAUUUCACGUUUUAUGUAGGACGUGAACUCAAGACAACGAUUUGAAUUUUCUUUUUCUAAACUUAGAAACAGACCUUUAGAGUAAGGUGCCGUCGCUGUCGUGGUUGCUAGGGUGCAUAAGCAACGGCGAUGGCGACGGUUACGAAAACGUCACUCAAUAGGCCACUUGCUCUGAGGUCACGUGACCAAUGCUUCCUUUAAACAAUGAGUUGGAAUCUUGCUGAUGCCAAAAGUUGACGUUAGUUGAAGUUAAAAUUAUCUUACACCCGAAAUUUGAGAGGAAGUGCAUUUAAGGGAGAUAUUUUAUGGCACUUCGAUUUUGGUUAAAAAAAAAGUUUAGAAAGGAUAGAAAAAUUGGUUGUAUUUGAGGCCCUAUUGAAAAGCCUUCCCUGUUUGCAAUGGCCUGCGUAGCAGGCGCUUGGAAGUCGUAGGCACAAGAAAAAACGGGCGCACGGGCGCGCGAGAAGGAGACACGCGAGGGGAGAGGUAGCUCCCUCACCCCUCGCGUGUCUCCCUCGCGCGCGCCCGUUCUCUCUUUUGCCCACUACUUCCAAGCGCCUGCUUCGCAGGUUGUGUUUUCAAUGUUCUUGAAACUUGCAGGGUGUAUCUAUUGACGAUUAAUCUCGGAAUUCUCAAGUGUAUAAAAAAAUUUAUUUUUUCGAAUAAUGCGUAAUUUGUAGGCAUGGAUCAAAUUACGUGCAAAAACUGUAACAAAAGCAGCUGAAUGCGGGUUAAUAAAAUUCUUCUAACUCGCGAUCGCCCGGAACAAUUCCCGUCUUUUUUGGUACGCGGUUUUCAAUGGAAUCAAACCACUAUGAGAUGAAGCCGCGUUUCCAAAGCUUAUAAUUUUCUUAAAAUAUUAGCUAAUUGUGUGGAUAGCAUGCCAUUUCGCUGUUUUUACGUUUCUUAAAACUUCGUUUCGAAAUAUUUCAAAUUGUUCAAACUUUGUCAUAAUUGAGGCAAUUAUGGCAGGUACAUACUCCCUCAAGCGAUUUCUUAAAAAAAACUCCUAGUACAGAGAAACACAAAGGUAAAUAAAAAACGUUAUGGCGUCAUUACGUUACCAUGGCGACUCCGAUUGCAAUAAAACCCAGAUCAUAAGAAAUGUUUAUCUUAUUUAAUGCAGUUGUGGUAACCUUUUUCCCAUAUCUUUACUCGUGCCGACGUAGUUAAUGCUCAAACUUGGGAGGUAUUCCCGCUAAAAAAUCCAGUCAAGCCACCUUAAUGUUAGGUGAAAAUCACGACAAAACAAGCACAUAAUAGCCCUGUCACGUUUGUCACGCACAAGCAUUUCAGCCGUCCCUCUUUCUGCCACGCUGUUGCGUAAAUUCAAAUUUGAGUUUUAGCAUCGACGAGGGCGACAGCAUCGAAAAUGUCACUUUUAAAAUGAACUAGCGGUUUUUUAGACUUUGUUACGUUUAUCCCAAUUCGCUGAAAAUGUCUAAUGUUAGGGAGAAAAUUUCGUCGUCGCUUGUUUACUUCCUCCAUAAAACGCAUGGUUCGUACGAUCCUUGAAAAGUCCUUGAAUUUUCCCAGAAGACCUUGAAUAUUUUUGAAAGCUCCUUGAAUGAAAAUAGCCUUCAUUUGAAAAAAAAAAAAUGAAUAAAGGAAAGAUUUGAAAGCACUGCAAUAUGUAAAGGUUUUCAGUCAUGAAAGUGUGUUUUCAUCUAAUUUCGGUGUUUCCAGCAUCAUUCAUUUGCCGUUAAAAAAGUGUUUCACGCAAAGGAAAGAUUUGAAAGCACUGCAAUAUGUACAGGUUUUUGGUCAUGAAAGUGUGUUUUUAUAUAAUUUUGGUGUUUCCAGCAUAGUUCAUUUGCCGUUGUUUGUAAUACCCUACAUGUAGGAACUAUGCCUUCCUGGGGGAAGGUACUGCAAUCAUUGCAAUAAGCAAACCCCCCUCUACGCAUUUGGAAGUACUGAUAUUUUAAUAUUGUUUUGAAUUGGAAUGACGAUGUCAACGUAGAAACAGAACGAGCCAAACCUCUACUAAAUUUACUUAGGAUUUUAACAGUGGAUAAUGUUUAUCGCCUUCGCGAUUAAAAAUUCAUUUCUUCGUGGCAUAAAGGCAUGCUAACUGAAGUAUUUGAUGAGAUGUUUUCACCUGCCUACACACUGACUUUAAUUGGAUGGUGAGCUAGAAAAUCUACCAGUUUAUUUAGCUUCUCAGCUCGCGUUUUUUAUGUUCCUUAUAUUAUAAAGUUAUAACCUAGUACAAAUUUUAGUUCUGUAAAGUCAAAAAUGUUAUUUCUCCAUGAGAUAAACAAUUAUGUAUUUAUCUAUUAUCAAAAAGGCGAAAGGCUCAGUGUUUGUUUAAUAAGAAGCUGAAACUUAAGGAGAUCGAGUAAAUCAAGAGGGAAAAGGGAAGAGUAGAUUCCGAUAUAUGUCUGAAACACCAGACAAACUUUGCUUGAAAGCAGAAGCCACAUGUAAAUUAACUUUUGUCACGCUAGCCGAUUGCCAAUUCGCUCAUAAAAACUCAAUGACAAAUACAAAAUGCAAGAAUUAGCUGACGUGGAUGCAAACAUUAAUGCCAGUUUGCAAAAGCUCAAUCAAUAGUCUAGUCAGAUUGUGUCUGUAGUAGUCACAAUCUGGACAUUUUCGACAGAUAUUGUAUUUUACUUCAUGUCAUUCUAUGUUAAAAUACGGGGGGAAAAAGUCCUUAAAAAAUGAUUUUUGUCCUUGAAAAGACGUUGUUCCCCCCCUCCUCCUCUUCCCUAAAUUCUGUAAGAACCAUGAAACUUGAAAGUGGGCAUUUUCGUGUCGUAGUCGUGAAAUGACGACAACGAUAUGUACAAAAAAAAACGUGAUGCACUAGCAAACUUUUGUUUUACUUAAUAACGGCCUGUUUACAUGGAAGUGGGGGAGCCCAGGUAGGUGAGGUAACGCGCCUCUUCAUAUUAUCUCUCAAUUUAAUUUGAUCACGUUUACAUGAUAGAUGGGGUGACCCGCCACAUGUUACCUCACCUGCCUAGGGUCCCCCACCUCGAUGUAAACAGGCCCUUAACCUAUUGCUUUUGUGACGUUCUCGUUGCCGUCGCUAUGGUCGUUGCUAAAACUCCCUAUAAUCGUGGCAUGAGACGGGUUGGGCAAGGAAAGCCGUUGUCGCAUAUGAAACUCUUUACGGAGGCCAAUUGAAUUUACCGUAGCAACCUUGUUGAUAUAUCCGCCAUUUAACAAUGUAUGCCUGCUAUUUACAUGCACUUGUUAAUUGAUCUUUUUGGUUGUUCUACCGUACCAGUUGUUUUUGUUUGUUAUCCACGGGAAAAUUAGGCGUCUUAAAUUAAACAAGACUCUAUGGGAGCGUACACUUCGGCUUCGCUAUCGUGGAUCAAUUGGGAAUGCCAAGGAAUAGAAAGAAAUGGGAUGUCCUUUUAUGCAAAUACCCUUACUUUUCUCCUUUUGUGCAACAGAUUCAAAAUUGCAAUAGGCACGCAAUACGUGCGAAUGUAAACAAGCCAAGUAAACAAGCCAAGUGACGUGAAUGAUUGCCGUGCGCUGUGUCACAACACAGCAUUUAUCUUCAUAACAUACGACCCACAGAUAACGCACGGCAAACAAAUUGACAAUAGAAAUCAAACUUUUUGGAAACACAAGGUACACUAAGUAAAACAAACUAUUAAGUAAUUUAAAUUUCCAUUUGGAAAAUAAUCCUCCUCACAGCACAUGGUGUGAUUGGUUUGGCUUAUUGCCUAGAGUUUGACAAUAUUUUUGCUCUCAGUUGUCGAGCACCAAAGAUGUCACGCAAAAUUCCAUGAUCUCGUUCAUGACAAUUAAGGAUAACAUUAAAUGGUGCAUAAUUUCAUUGCAUAUUUUCGGAAAAGAGGUGACUUCUUGAAAUCUCAUUGAGCAAAAUGACCUUGCAUUCUUUCACGGUCGAACCGUAAAAGCGGCAGAGACCAACAUCUUCUCUUGCAAUUCGCGUUCUAUUUUUAAAACCCUUGGGUUAAUUAGGUCAAGUCACGUUACGUCCGGCUGCUCCUUGGUUUAAACCUGAGAUCAAUGUGAAAAAGAGCAGACGCAGAAUGUUGGAGAGGCGCUGGCGUACCUCUUGUCUGACUGUUCAUGGUCAGGAAUAUGUUAGUCAGUGCAAAACUGUGAAUGAUUUCAUUCACCAGUCGAAGAUGGAAUAUUUUUCUAUUCUGGUCGUUGAUCAUCAGUCGGACCCUAAAAAAUUAUUUGCUACAGUUGACGGGUUUUUACAUUUAUUGGGCGAGAAAAAGCUUCCCCAUUGUGACAACUCUCAGUUAUUCGCUGAAAAAUUCGCUGAUUAUUUCACAGAGAAGAUCUCCAAAAUCAGGGCUGGUCUUGAUUCUAGGAUGAGUCAAUUAAAUGACUGAAAUUUCUACACUCGCAACAUUUCCAAAGUUUCUUGCUCAAACCUGAGCAAAUUUCAACCCGUUUCAUCUGAUGUACUAUCGAACAUCAUUUUCUCGACGAUGUCAAAGUCCUGUGAUCUCGACCCGCUUCCUGCUUCAGUUUUAAAAGGAACUGUUGACAUUGAGAUUGUUAAUUUGUCACUUGACCAAGCUCUUGUCCCUCAUGUCUUCAAAGAGCCCUUGUGAAUCCCCUAAUUAAGCAUCCAAGUUUAGACCCAGAACAAUUUCCAAAUUAUCGUCCAAUUUCAAAUCUCAUGUUUAUCUAUAAAUUAUGUGAACGGGUGGUAGCUGUUCAUCUGACCAAAUAUCCAACUGAUAAUUUCCUGAUGGAACAGUUCCAGUCCGCUCAUAAACCCAGUCACAGUACUGAAUCAGCACUUUUAAAGGGUCAAGAUGACUUUUUACAAGCCAUUGACAAUGAUCAAUGCAAAUAUUUAUGCUCCGCGAUCUCUCAGCAGCGUUUGAUGCGGUUGAUCAUUGCAGUUUGCUUUCUAGACUCACCGACCGAUUUGGCAUAGAUGGCAAGGCGCACGACUGGUUCAAGUCAUAUCUUAGUGGGCGAAUGCACUUCGUUGAUAUCGGUAGUGCCCGCUCAUCCAGUCUGCCUUUGAAUUGUGGGUUUUCCCAGGGGUUUGUUUUUGGUCCGAUAUUAUACCUGCUUUAUGUCAACACAUUGGGUGACAUAAUGAGGCAUCACAACAUGUCUUUCCACUUUUAUGCUGAUGAUACUCAGCUUUAUGUAUCAUUUAAGUCUUCUAUCUCGGGUGAUCUUUCUAGGGCACCCUCUACGUUGGAAGCCUGUGCUCGUGAUAUUAAUAAAUGGAUGUUAUGUAAUAAAAUUAAACUUAAUGAUGAUAAGACGGAGAUGCUGAAGCACCGUCCUGCUCCUCUGCUUGAUCAACUUCAAGUAGCCACCUCAUCUGUCACCUGUUCCACUUCUUCAAAUAAUAUUGGAGUUGUUCUCGACUCGACGCUUUCACUUGACAAACACGUUACGCAAAUUUUCAAAUCUUCGUUUUAUUCUAUCAGGAACAUUUCGCGCAUCAUCAAGUCCCCAGACAGCGAAGAUCCUCGUCCACGCAUUAGUUACCUCUAAGCUUGAUAAUUGUAACUCUUUGUUUUAUGGUCUCCCUAAGAACUUAUUACAACGUCUGCAAUAUGUUUUGAAUUCUGCAGCUAGGCUUGUCACCUUGUCAAGAAAAUCAGGUCACGUUACGCCACUGCAGUUACAUUGGCUGGCUGUUGAACAGCGAACUGAAUUUAAAGGGCUAUUUUACAUAUAAGGCGAUGCAAGGCAUGGCUCCUCAGUACUUAAGUGAUCUGCUAGGGCCUUACUCUCCAUUGCGUAGUUUGCGAUCUACUUCAAAACUGAACUGACGGAUAUAUCUCCCAAAAUAAUUAUUUUUUGUUAAUGGCGUUAAUUUUCUAUUACUUGAGGUCGGCUAAAAAUUGCUAGGUGACUGUUCCAUUCAUGUACAAUAGUCCAGUUUGGAAUUAAAAAUUACCGCUGAAUACAAACAUUAACGGCACAUUUAUACAGGGUUAGCCUCGACGUAAAGUAAAAUAUUCAGGAAUUCCGCAAGUAAGUGUUUAAAAUUGGAAUAUACACAAUAGACAGAGUAAUAAACAGGUCUUUUCCUCGUUGGAAUUGGUGAAUAUAUUACUUCAGAUGGAGGCUAAGCCUGUAAAAAAUGCGUCUUCACUUCUUUAAUUCAGCGGUCAUGGGGAACUCGAAACUGGACUAUUUUCGAAGCUUACCUAACAAAUUCGAUUUUCUGAAGUUUAAUCAGUUCACAUUUCACUCCCCAGGUUUAGCUAUUUUAAUAUCGUAGUAAAAAGGAAACCUAAAAUUUUCGGAUUCAAUAAUGCCGUGAAGAGAGAAAUUAGAAAAAUUCUCACUUUCGUAAAACGUUAAAUUGCAUCUAAAAUUUUCGGGAAAGUAAUACUGAAGCCCUAAUAAUUUCGAAAAGACUUAAGUUGCCCUAGGAUGACCGAACAGAUACAUCUCGUUACUGGUACUGUUAUGUUUCUUCUUUAUCUCCUACAUAUUUAAGAGUCUACUCCAUCGCUUAUACACCAAUUACGGAAUGAUAAUGAGCCACUUUUCAACUGUCAAAGGGGGUUUCAUGAAUUGUAAUACACCUUUAACAGAAGGGGAUUAUUACUAAUAUGUUUCCUAUAAGACCAACUCAUCGCCUACGGGAGGAUACGUUUUAUGCUUUAAGGUUAUCAUUUGAUCUUGUUACACAGCAAUUAAUUUAGCUCAUGCUACAGCACUUAUGUUCAGGGUUGUGGUAAGCAACGAAUGUUACUCUGCUUAAAAUACUUUCAGUUUCAACGUACACCUCUGCAAAAAGCUGAACGUCAAACUCACAUCUCCAUAGUGCAGUUGCUGCUGAAGAAUGAUGCCAAGCCAAGUCUUCAUCAACCAGUAAGAUGUCAGAUUUUUUCUCCUUAAUCCAUCGGGCAAAACGUCGUCUUUGGGAUGGAGUUCUUUAACAGUUUGUUAUUCAUUUACCUAAAAUCGCGAACGUUUGUUUCGUUAACGGUUGAACAUUUAUUAGAAUUCUCACAUUUUGCCAAAUGGACUAGCACAUACAAUCGGCGACAAAAUUACUUGUCCUCGAAGAAAUUCUUUGCAAUUUGCUCAGUGACACGACAUACUUUAGCAAGAAAAAGAAAUCCUUUCUCCUUCCUCCAUUCUUUGAGACGGCGAAAACGGCGGCCGCGGCCGCUUUUUGGAGGUGGCCGCUUAAUCGUUGUCUCAUUUGAAGGUCUUUUCUACAAUUAUUUUGGAACUUUGAUCACUGGCAGCUUAUUAGGGGGUGGUUACUUAAUGUAGGUUCAACUGUAUGCUCUGAAUAUUCCUGGCUUGCCACCACGUGAUAAGGCGGCCAUGUUGGUGGUGUGUUUGUGGUCAAUACAAUUUUCCCUCGAAGAAUUUACAUGAAAAUAGGGUUCAGUUCCCAAAGGAGAGAAAUGCUUUUGUUCUUAACCAGGGUGCAAAGAAAAUCCUUUUUACAGCUUGGCAUUCGGGCAAGCUGAAGCUAGCAUUUACUAGCCCAGACGUCAUUUCAACUAGCUACAAAAGCUUUUUGACGAGUAGCGUUGAUCUCACAGUUCUUCAGUUAUUUGAAUUCCUUAAAAAAAAAAAUCACUUUCCCGUCGGGCAAGUUAAAAACAGAGUUUACUAGCCCGAGUGCAAAAUCCACCGCUUGUUUUUGCGCGAAAGCGAGGCUAAUGCGGGUCACUUCUCACCAAGAAGACAAAGGGCGCUUUCCAUUUACGAAAAAAACCCGGAAAUUUCAGUGGUAGCAAAAGUGGAAUUUCCGAUCGGUAAAAAGUUGUUCCAUUUGGUCGUAAACCCCGGUACGUGGCCGGGUGCCCGACCGUGGACCUGGAACUGGUACAAACUACAAGAAACGUCAAUGGAACACGACAUUCCGUUUGGAAAUUCCAACCGGGAAAACGGGACCACCUUUUUAGAUUUUCCACUUUUUCUGGGAAUUUUCCAGUGGGACGAACCGACGAAACGUGUUCCAUUUACUGCCGAGCCGGAAAUUCCGGAAAUUUUGACUAAAUGGAAAGCGCCCAAACAAACAUGAGAAAACUGCGGAUGAGUUGCCGAAGAAAAGGAAAAUUUGAAACGUUCAAAGGUUUUGGAGGUCUCAAACCUUACUUACAGGCUUGAGAAAUCAUUGUUUGAAACAGCAAAAGGAAAAUCAGCUCGUCAUCACUGAGAAAAACAACCGAACCUAACCUGAAACUGACCGAGUCGGUGAGUGAGUUCAAUAAAAAUGCGAAGAUGGUUCCAGAACCUUAAACAAGGUAAUACCCUGAAGCCAUUUUAAUGUUAUUUUCAGUGGUGGUUAAAACUUCUUUAAGCCACACGUUCCAUUAGAGUGUAAUUACUUGUCGAAAGCCUGCAAAUUAAACUGAAACCUUCUUUUCAGUUCACAUUUUUUCUAACGGAGCGAAUGCAAAAUGUAUUUGAAAAAAAAUAAACCGACGGGGCAGACGUUCUGCAUAAAUUCCUUGCACUGUAAGGAAGUUAAAUCGGUUUAAACGAAGAUGACUAAAAUAGUAUAGGUUUAUUUAUACAUAAGCUUAAAUUUAGCUUACAUUAUUUAUCAAAAUAUUCAGUCACAUAAGGAAAAACGUACGCACAUUUCACUGCACAAGAACUCGAACACAGAAUUUUUUACAGACGAUAUACUGAGCAGCUUAAACGCCGUUUUACAGAAUAUACACAAAAGUAAAAUAGAAUACUAAGAAGUAAGAUAAUUAGAGAAAGUAAAUCAUUGUCAUUUUAACACACUUUACCCUUUUCAAGCUUAAAAAGUUUACUUCUUUUAGCUUCGUCGCUUUUUCCUUCCUUCUGUUAAGUACGAUCAUCUUUUCCCACAAUUUGCAGCAGAUAUCCCUUUGGCUUACUGGUAAAGUUUAAGCUUUGAAAUUUUACUAUUUUUAAAAUUUCUGUCGUUUUCCAGCGACUCGGCGGCAAAUUACUCAUGUUUGUUUUUGUUUUUGCAAAGAAGUUGACCUGCAUUAGCAUUUUUUUUUUUUCAGUAUAAACCCAACUGUUCAAGGAAACAUUUUUAAACAGAAUUCGUUAUUCAUGGAAUAACUUACCCGAGAACCUUAGAACUGAAGACCUAAGCCUCUCUUGCUUCAAAAAACAUUGCAGAGAUUUUUAUAAGAAUAGGGACUUUGAACCUGGGCAUAAAAUCGUACUGCAUGUAGUCUUUUGACAUAAUUAGCAGUUUAUAUGUGUUACUUUUUGGAUAAUUAUUUCGUUUUCUUUCUUUAAUUUUACAUUGUAAGACAAGCUCGUAUGGUUCUUAAUUCUGUUCCCUACUAGUGCUUCUCUGCUUCUUUCUUCCUGUCUGAUUGUAUGCAGUGUAAAUGGCUUAAAUUAAAACGUAUCUCUGCAAUACAGGUAACGCCGGGUUUAUCUAUUACCUGCCAAAAAGGUAGUUAAAAAUGUGUCCAACGAAUUGCUAAUUAUUUUCGCUCAUGAACAUGAUCAUUUUCUUCAUAGGUAAGUCUAAAGAAACUCUCAAGAGUAGAAGAAGCUGAUGAACAGGCUGCCGUCUACAGGGGAGAAUAUGACCUACUUGAUAACUUUGUAGAAGGGAUGGAACUUGUAAAAACGGGAAAUAACGCCACAGUUUUUCCAGGGAAUAGCGCAGUCUUAUCACUUUUACAGAGGGACGAACCAGGAGAACCAGGUCAUUAUUUUAUCGAAAGUCGUUAUAAUGAUUGGGCAAAGGACAGCAGCAGUCUCACUGAGCUGCUGCGGGCUACGUGUCAUGAGGAUGCGGAACAGGCUGUUGAACUUGUAUUAAAUGACGGUGUAGAUAUUAAUGCCCGAGCGUCAGACAAUGAUUACACAGCUUUGUUGUGGGCGAGUCGUUCAUCCUCAAGUCAGUUUAUUGAGACCCUCAUUGAUCUUGGGGCCGACGUUAAUGCCCAAAGGACAGAAAGCAAAGAAACACCACUAAUGUUAGCAGCUAACUGGAACAACAACAUGGCAGCAAGCUUAAUUGUAAAGCAUGGAGCUGAUGUAAAUGUUCAGGAUAGGUACGGAUAUACAGUACUUUUCACAUUAGUCAGCUCUGUUAACGAAGAACUCGUAAAAUUGAUGCUUGAAUACAACGCGGAAGUUAAUAUUCAAGAUAAUGAAGGAAAAACACCGCUACACUUUUUAGACGACGAGGUUGCAGAAAACGUUGUAAGAUUGCUGCUUGAACACAAUGCGGACGUCGAUGUUCAAGAUAAUGAGGGAAAAACACCACUACACUAUUUGGUCGACGAGAAUGAAGAAUACCUUGUAAGAUUGCUACUUGAGCACAACGCGGAUGUAAAUAUUCAAGACAUUAAAGGAAAAACACCACUACACUAUUUAGUCGGCGAGAAUGAAGAAUACCUUGUAAGAUCGCUACUUGAACAUAACGCGGAUGCAAAUAUUCAAGAUAAUGAAGGAAAAACGCCACUACAUUAUUUAGUCGGCGAGAAUGAAGAAUUCCUCGUAAGAUUGCUACUUGAACAUAACGUGGAUGUAAAUAUUCAGGAUAUGAAUGGAGUAACACUACUGCAUCUGUCAGUCGAUGAAGAUAACGAAACUUUCGUAACCAUGUUACUUGAACUCAACGCCAAUAUAAAUAUUCAAGAUAAAUAUGGAAAUACACCACUGCAUAGGUCAGUCAUAAGGGGGAACGUAAAUCUCGUGAGAUUGUUACUUAAACACAACGCAGAUGUAAAUAUUCAAGAUAAUAAAGGAAAAACACCACUACACUAUUUAGUCGACGAGGAUGAAGAAUUCCUUGUAAGAUUGCUACUUGAACAUAACGCGGAUGUAAAUAUUCAAGAUGCGGAAGGAGCAACACCACUACACCUGUCAGUCGAUGAAGGAAACGAAGCUGUCGUUGCCAUGUUACUUGAACACAGCGCGGAUAUAAAUAUUGAAGAUAAUGAUGGAUAUACACCCCUUUACCAGGCAUUCGCAAUUGGUGACGUAACUCUCGUGGAGCUGUUAAUUGAACACAACGAAGAUGCAAGUAGUUACAGGACUACCACUUCCAGACCACCCCUAAUACACUUUUUCCCCUGA